AUGAAGUUCUCUACCGUGAUUCUGGGCAGUGCUCUUGCUGCCACUGCUCUCGCUGCCCCUUUGACUGCUCAGCGUCAAGCUCGCACUGAAGCUCGUCGUCUUGCUCGUGCUGAGGGCUCACAACCCCCCUACAAGCCAAACACCCAGGAAGUCCUCCAGCUCAACAAGACUUCCCACGUCGAAUACAGCUCGAACUGGGCUGGUGCCGUCCUCAUCGGCUCAGGAUACACCAGUGUCACCGGUCAAUUCACUGUGCCAACCCCCAAGGCUCCAAGUGGCAGCAGCAGAGGAGAUUACGCCGCCUCUGCAUGGGUUGGUAUUGACGGCGACACCUGGGGCGACGCGAUCCUUCAAACCGGCGUCGACUUCACUAUCUCGAAUGGUGAAGUCAGCUACGACGCCUGGUACGAGUGGUACCCUGACUACGCAUACGACUUCAGCGGCAUCACUAUCUCCGCUGGAGAUGUCAUCAAGGUGACUGUGACAGCUAAAUCUAAGUCGUCUGGUACUGCGACUGUUGAGAACGUGACGACAGGAAAGAGCGUGUCUCACACUUUCUCUGGCAAUGUUGAAGGUGACUUGGGCGAGCUCAAUGCCGAGUGGAUUGUCGAGGACUUUGAGGAGAACGACUCUCUCGUUAACUUUGCCAACUUUGGCACUGUUACUUUUACGGAUGCGUCGGCUACUGAUAGCGGUUCCACUGUUGGUCCAUCUGGUGCUACGAUCAUUGAUAUCGAGCAGAAUGGUGAGGUUCUUACCUCUGCCUCUGUCUCUUCUGACAGUGUCACUGUUACCUAUGUUUAA